GGUGCGCGGAGGCAGGCAGGCUCUUCCUGUGUCAUGGCGCUAAAGUUUUGGUCCUGAGCUGCUUGCUGGGAUCUGCCCCAGCUGGCUAGACCGUCUUGCUUUAUGACUUCUAUCAGCUGCGAGCUGCGCGGGAAGGACCCCGGAGGACGCUGAAGCCGGGCCAUGGCCAAAUCUAAGUUGUCUGGGGUGAAUUUUCAGUCCUGUUUCAGCCUCUUGGACUGCUGAAAUGAUAGCCAUAUGCAACCAUUCCUGGCUGAGUUCUUUAAUCGCCACCGUUAACCAGGAUGCCUGUGCUUGGGUGGAUUAAGCUUCGGUGAGGCAGGAGGCACUGACCUUUGAGGAUGUUGCCGUGACCUUCACCAUGGAGGAAUGGGCUAUGCUGGAUUCAUCCCAAAGGAAGUUCUACAGAGAUGUGAUGUGGGAAACCUUUAGUAAUUUGUCUGCUAUAGGAAGAAAUUGGGAUGACCAGCAAAUUGAAGAUGAGUGGCAACAAUAUUGGAGGAAAAAUAUAAGAUAUGAAGAGGCAGUGGAAUGCUAUCAAAAUAAAUCUUGGCAUGACGAUGGAGAAAUGUUUUUUUGGACUACAGAUUCUGAUGUGAACAUGAAACUUCCUGAUUUAAAGCUAGCUGAACAUCUUGUUUGUAGAAAGCCCCUGAUUGGUCAUUCACUGCUAGAAGUACCCAUUAUAGCUCACACUGCACUCAAAUCAUAUGACUGUCAGGGAUUUGAAGAGAAACUAUCUCAUUGUAAUGUGCACGAUUCCCAGUUCUUUCAGAGGCACACAAAUACAAACACUGGGGAGAGACCCCAUGAAUAUAAGCAGUAUGGGAAAUCUUACUCCAAUUGCAGUGUAGAAACUCACACUGGAGAAAAGCCCCUUGAAUGUAAACAGGACUCAGACAUCUUUGGUAUGCCCAAUUAUGUUGAAAUCCAUGAAAGAAAUCACAGUGGAGUGCAUCCCUUUGUAUAUACACAAUGUGGCAAAGCUUUUAAUUCCCAUGACUAUAUUCAAAUACAGGAAAGACCUCAUAAUGGAGAAAAACAUUAUGUAUGUAAACAAUGUCAGAAAUCCUUUACUAGUAACACUUCAUUUUGUACACAUGAAAGAACUCACUCCAAGGAGAAACCGUAUGUAUGUAAACAUUGUGGGAAAGCUUUUGGCAAACCGAGUAAUUGUCGGAUACAUGAAAAAACUCAUAUUGGUGAGAAACCCUAUGUAUGCAGGCAGUGUGGGAAAGCUUUCAGUACACAUAAGUAUUGUCAAAUACAUGAGAGAAAUCACACUGGAGAGAAACCCUAUGUAUGUAACCACUGUGGGAAAGCUUUCAAUUUCAAGAGUAAUUGUAAAAUACAUGAAAAAAUUCACACUGGGGAGAAACCUUAUUUAUGUAAGCAAUGUGGGAAAGCUUUCACCAGACACAGUGAUUGUCAGAUUCAUGAAAAAACUCACACUGGGGAGAAACCCUAUGUAUGUAAGGAAUGUGGGAAAGCAUUUAGGACAUAUAAGUACUGCAAAAUACAUGAAAGAAAUCACACUGGAGAGAAGCCCUAUAUAUGUGAACAGUGUGGGAAAGCAUUCACUUGUAAGAGUUCAAUUUGUACACAUAAGAGAACUCACACUGGGGAGAAACCCUAUGUAUGUAAGCAAUGUGGGAAAGCAUUUAGUACACACAAGUAUUGCCAAAUACAUGAAAGAAAUCACAGUGGAGAGAAACCCUAUGUAUGUGAAGAGUGUGGGAAAGCAUUCAAUUGUAAGAGUUCAUUUUGUAAACAUAAAAGAACUCAUACUGGGGAGAAACCCUAUGUAUGUAAGCAAUGUGGGAAAGCUUUCAGGACACAAAGUGAUUGCCACAUACAUGAAAAAAUCCACACUGGACAGAAGCCCUAUGUAUGCAGGCAUUGUGGUAAAGCAUUCAGUAGACACAGUAAUUGUCAAAUACAUGAAAGAAUUCACACUGGAGAAAAACCCUAUGUAUGUAAGCAAUGUGGGAAAGCUUUCACUGAUAACAGUUCAUUUUGUAAACAUAAGAAGAUACACUGCAAUGAAGCACUAUGUAUGUGAGCAGGGUGGGAAAUCAUUCAGUAACACAAUUGUCAAAUACAUGAAAGAAAUGAUACUGUAGAGAAAGUCUGUAUUUAGACAGUGUAGGAAAGCCUUACUACAUACAUGUACUAUCAGAUACUAAGUUAAAUCACAUUGCUCUGAAACUAUGAAAGCAUUGGGGAAAGUUUUCAGUACAUGCCAUGUCAAAUACAUGAAAGAAUUCAUACAGCAAAGAAGCCCUAUAUAUGCCUUUAGGGCACAUAGUUAUUGUCAGAUACAUAAAAGAAAAAACCCUCACACUGUUGAGAAACCCUAUGUAUGUAAGCAAUAUAGGAAAGCUUUCUGCACACAUAGUCAUUGUGAAAUACAUGAAAGAACUCACACUGAAUAGAAAACCUAUGUAAAUGAUGGAAAAGCACUAAGUACACACAGUUAUUGUCACAUGUAUGAAAAGAUUUACAUUGGUUAGAAACCUGUGUAAGAAAUGUGUGAAAGAAUUUAGUACACAUGCUGUCAAAAUGUGUGUGUACACAUGGUGCAAAAGACUACUCCAGUAAUCAUCACAGACAUUAAAAAAUGUUGCAGAAGAAAUUAACCAUGAGAAUGUAAUGGCACACUGACAUGAAAGGAUUCAGAGUGGAAAGAAGCACUUUCUUUGUAAACAAGGGGAAGUCUUUCAGUACUCACAGGUAUCAUUAAAUAAAAGAAUUCAUAAAGAA